AUGACUGUCAGGUUCCUCCUUGCAACAAUGGACCAGCCACCAGUCAAGCACAUAUACCGUGAAGCCAACUCAGUCGCACACGUUCUAGCACAUUAUGCAAGUACACAAAAGCUGGAAGGAUAUGCUGAACGUGAAGAUACUUUUUGGGGCACAAUGCCUUUAUUUGCUUUCCUUAAUUACCGUAAAGGCUUGUUAGGAACUACAUCAUUCAGAUUGGUUUCUUGCUGUAAGUCUAUAGAAUUGGCGAAGAUUCUCCAGAAGAAGAAGGUCAAUAUAGCUUGUGUUCAGGAUACUAGGUGGGUUGGAUCGAAGGCGAGGGAUGCUGAUGGGUAUAAGCUGUGGUACUUUGGGGUCAUGAAGAGUAAGAAUGGAGUGGGUAUUUUGGUGGAUCGGGAACUUAAAGAGUUUGUGGUAGAGGUUAGGCAGGUGAAUGAUAGAUUAAUGACUAUUAAGUUAGUGGUUGGAGAGUGCACUCUAAAUGUCGUUAGCACCUAUGUGCCGCAAAUGGGCCUGGAUGAGGAGGUUAAAAGAUGCUUCUUGGAUGGGUUGGAUGAGUUAGUGUAUAGUAUUCUACCUACUGAGAGGCUAUUUAUAGGAGGGAAUUUCAAUGGUCAUAUUGGGUCUACUGAUGGUGGUUAUGGCGAGGGGCACGGCGGCUUCGGUUUUGGGGAUAGAAACGAAGGAGGAACCUCGAUGUUGGAUUUUGCAAAAGCAUUUGAGCUGGUGAUUGCGAACUCUAGUUUUCCGAAGAGGGAGGAGAAUUUGAUUACGUCUCAAAAUACGAUGGCAAAAACUCAAAUUGACUACCUCCUCCUCAGGAGGUGUGAAGAGGGUUGUAACGCAGAGGAUGCCGGACGAGUGGAUGUGGAGUACGGUGGUACCGUUGUACAAGAACAAAGGUGA